CAUCCUCCAGUGAAGGCGAGAGUGGGCACCUGAGGUACCCCACUUCAUUCCCUAUGAAGACUGUGGAAAGUCUUGAGGGGCAGGAGAUGCAAAAGCUGGGGAGUGGAGCCUGGGACAACCCUGCCUACAGCGGUCCCCCUUCCCCGCAUGGGACACUGAGGUUCUGCACUAUCUCCAGUGUGGUGCCCCCCCAGCCCCAAGCCAAGAAGCCUGAAGAUGGUCCACAGGAGAAAGCACACAGGACCCCGGUGUAUAGCUGCUGCCUCCAUAUCUGUCAUGGCAUCAGAGGACUUUGGGGAACAACUCUGACUGAGAACACAGCCGAGAACCGGGAACUUUAUGUCAAGACCACCCUGCGGGAACUUUUGGUGUACGUCUUGUUCCUGGUGGACAUCUGUCUAUUGACCUAUGGAAUGACAAGCUCCAGUGCCUAUUACUACACCAAAGUGAUGUCUGAGCUUUUCUUACAUACCACGUCAGACACCGGCGUCUCCUUCCAGGCCAUCAGCAGCAUGGCAGACUUCUGGGAUUUUGCCCAGGGCCCACUACUGGACAGUUUGUAUUGGACCAAAUGGUACAACAACCAGAGCCUAGGCCGUGGCUCCCACUCCUUCAUCUACUACGAGAACCUGCUGCUGGGGGUCCCGAGGCUGCGGCAGCUGAGGGUCCGCAAUGACUCCUGUGUGGUGCAUGAGGACUUCCGUGAGGACAUUUUGAGCUGCUACGACGUCUACUCUCCAGACAAGGAAGAGCAGCUCCCCUUUGGGACCCUCAAUGGCACAGCGUGGACAUACCACUCUCAGGAUGAGCUGGGAGGAUCCUCCCACUGGGGCCGACUCACAAGCUACAGUGGAGGCGGCUACUACCUGGACCUUCCAGGAUCCCGAAAGGCCAGUGCAGAGGCACUCCGGGAUCUUCAGGAGGGGCUGUGGCUGGACAGGGGCACUCGGGUGGUCUUCAUUGACUUCUCAGUCUACAACGCCAACAUUAAUCUUUUCUGUGUUCUGAGGUUGGUGGUGGAGUUUCCAGCAACAGGAGGUGCCAUCCCAUCCUGGCAAAUCCGCACAGUGAAGCUGAUCCGCUAUGUCAGCAACUGGGACUUCUUUAUCAUUGGCUGUGAGGUCAUCUUCUGUGCCUUCAUCUUCUACUAUGUGGUGGAGGAGAUCCUGGAGCUCCACAUCCAUCGGCUUCGCUACCUCAGCAGCAUCUGGAACAUCCUGGACUUGGUGGUCAUCUUGCUCUCCAUUGUGGCCGUGGGUUUCCACAUAUUCCGAACCCUCGAGGUGAAUCGGCUGAUGGGGAAGCUACUGAAACAGCCAAACAUGUAUGCUGACUUCGAGUUCCUCGCCUUCUGGCAGACACAGUACAACAACAUGAAUGCCGUCAACCUCUUCUUCGCCUGGAUCAAGAUAUUCAAGUACAUCAGCUUCAACAAAACCAUGACCCAGCUUUCCUCCACACUGGCCCGCUGUGCCAAGGACAUCCUGGGCUUCGCCGUCAUGUUCUUCAUCGUUUUUUUCGCCUAUGCCCAACUCGGCUACCUGCUUUUUGGGACCCAAGUGGAAAAUUUUAGCACUUUCAUCAAGUGCAUUUUCACUCAGUUCCGGAUCAUCCUUGGGGACUUCGACUACAAUGCUAUCGACAAUGCCAACCGCAUCCUGGGCCCUGCCUACUUUGUCACCUACGUCUUCUUCGUCUUCUUUGUGCUCCUGAACAUGUUCCUGGCCAUCAUCAAUGACACAUACUCAGAGGUCAAGGAGGAGUUGGCUGGACAGAAGGAUGAGCUUCAGCUUUCUGACCUCCUGAAACAGGGCUACAACAAGACCCUUCUGAGGCUGCGCCUGCGGAAAGAACAAGUUUCAGAUGUGCAGAAGGUCCUGCAGGGUGGGGAGCAGGAGAUCCAGUUUGAGGAUUUCACCAACACCUUAAGGGAACUGGGGCACGCAGAGCAUGAGAUUACUGAGCUCACGGCUGCCUUCACCAGGUUUGACCAAGAUGGGAACCACGUUCUGGAUGAGAAGGAGCAGGCAGAAAUGCAACAGGACCUGGAGGAGGAGAGGGUGGCCCUCGGCACUGAGAUUGAGAACCUGGGCCAGUCUAUUACCCGCAGCCCACCAGGAGAGUUGGGCCCAGAGGCUGUCAGAGCAGGUGGCUGGAUUUCAGGAGAAGAAUUUCAAACGCUCAUGAGGAGAGUUCUGCGGCUGGAGACUGUCCUGGAAGGAGUUGUGUGCCAGGUCGAUGCUGUGGGCUCAAAGCUGAAGAUGCUGGAGAAGAAAGGGCAGCUGGCUGUCUCUCCAGGCAUGGAGGAACAAGCUGUUUGGGAGUGCCUGCAGCCAGCCCCAGCUGGAACCCCAGUCCACUGGGGAAUCCAGGGUUGGCAGAAGAGUGGUGGGGGAGGGAUCCUGAAGCAUCAGACAGCAGGGUCCUCUCUCACUGCCUCCCUCGAGGCCCCCUCUCCGCAUGCCCUCUACUUUUAGCUGCUACUGGGUUCCAGCCUGUACCUGGCCUUUUGAGCCAAUGUUCAUGUGUGAGCUGGGCAUCAUGCUUAGGCUUGUGAUGCAGUGCUGCUGUGUGUAGCCAAAUAGUUCUGUGUAGCUCUGUGAAAUAAUAUUUUGUACUGGGCCUUUCAUUCCUUGUGGUUCUAGCUCCACUCUGGUGAUAAAAAAUGACAAUAACAAACAGAAUAAAGGAAGGGAGGGUAAUGACUCUUCUUAAGCACUUGGAUAGCCAUGAUUUGUGAAAAAGGUAGACCAAGAGAGCAGCCCAUAUCUAGAUGUCUUCCUACUUGCCAGUGAAUUUUAUUCUUGUCCUUUGUGUAUCUAAAGAUAUGCUGCUAGUGCCCAUAGGUUUCUUGUCUCCCCCAUUGAGUUUCCCUGUAAAAGAGAAGGAGAAGCCUUAAAGGAGACAAGACUUCCUCACAUGGUGAGAUUCAACUGUUGGAGAGGGUUAGAGUGACAUCCUCUGAGAGUAAAGUCGAUGAAGGCUCUGUGGAGAGGGGGCUGCCUCUUGACAUUUCACUGAAUGCGGGGAACUGGGGGGGGCUGUACA